ACCGGAAGAGGGCGAAUGAAAGUGUUGCUAUGACAACUAAUGGUAAAAAAUGACAGCCGAUUUCUUAAAGUGAAUUAUUAUAAGUCAUUUUUGCAGUUAUUUUUAAGCCGGUCGCCAAAUAUAUUUGCAUUAAUUAUAAGAGGCCUGAUAGGCCGAGUUGUAAUAGGAAAUUAUUGAUAUGAAUAAUGGCAUCGUCUUCGAACGGAGUGAUCCGUCAUGGCUCAUCGUGGAUACAGAGACAAAUUCAUUUACGCCCCGUUAAUCGAGGUUGUCAUUUAAUAACAAAUGAAAUUCUUAUAGAAGUACCUGAACUUUCUAGAAUUAGUAUUGGAUUGCUUCACGUUCAAAUUAUGCAUACUUCAGCUAGCUUGGCUUUAAAUGAGAAUUGGGAUCCGGAUGUAAGAGAGGAUAUGGAAACAUUUCUUACUAAGCUAGUACCUGAAAAUACAGAUUUCAAGCAUUCUUGUGAAGGACCUGAUGACAUGCCUGCUCACAUUAAAGCAUGUUUUAUGGGGUCCUGUCUUACUAUUCCUAUUACUGAUGGCAAACUGAAUUUAGGAACUUGGCAAGGAAUAUGGCUUUGUGAACACAGAAACAGAGCAGGAUCAAGAAAAGUUAUUAUAACAAUUAAUGGUGCUCCAAAAGAUUAAAAGAAAUUUAUUGAAAAAUACUUGUACUAUUCAGAAUUUUAGCAUUGAUGUCAAGUAAAAAUUUUACUAAAUAUAUUUCUCUUAAAUUUUAUAAAAUUUUCAAGAAAAAGUCUGUAGGAAUCUAUAGUACUGUACAUUUACUGAAAUUAGAAUUUUUAUGGAAUUUCCUAUCUAAUAAUUUAGAAAUUUCCCCACUAUCAGGUACUGUACUAUAUGUUAAUUAAAUAUAGAGUUUUUAAAUAAAAUUAGGCUUAUAUAGAAAAAAUUGACACUAGGAUUAUUCAUUAACUUCAUCUAACAUUAAAAAUUGUAUUAUUUAAUUAAUAUUGUAAUAAUGCAAUUAAUGAAUUCAUCAGUAUUAAUUCAGUUCAUAAAUUUAAUAAACAUAAUUUAAGUUUCAAUUAAAAUAAUAAAAUAUAAAUAUUUUAUGUAAGUUUUUCUUAAUUAUAAUAAUAGUUGUGUGUAAAGAUUUGCUUCCAUUUACACAGAUUACAGGUUUAUGAGCAAAAAUUUUUUUCAAUUCAUUUUAGAAGUUAUUUCUUUAAGAAAGAAUUAUGUUUUGAAAUCAAUAAAAUUUUAUUUCAAAGAAUUUGGUGAAAGUGCAAAACAAAAACAAAAAGUAGUUUGAAUUACCUUGUCAUAUAUUUGUACCAAACGAAUUUUACAUUAGAACAAAAAUUAUUAUAUAUUCUUAUUUUAGAAAUAUUAGAUUUAUUUACUAAUAUAUAAAGUAAAAAAAAAUUAAUGUACCUUAUAACUAAAUUAAAAAAAAAAACUUCUAUUUGAAUAUGCAAAUAGAUUUGCCAUCUAUACAAG